AUGCUGGGAGGUCUAGUAACGGCCCAGGGCCCCGGCGGCCCCGGCGAGAAUAUAUGCCCAGGUGAACGACUCGACACACUAACAAAUGACUUUAUUCGAAAUUUAUUCAACUACGGCACAAACGCAAGUCAGGCAGACAAUGGAAAUGACUGCGGACGUACGCUCCAAUGUGCGACGGCCUUGGAAGUCAAUCCGAACGCAAAGUAUUGGGUAAUGUUUUUACAUGGGGGUGCUUGGCGUAGUGGUGGCGGCGUUGAUUUCAUAUGCGCCGCAGCCAAGAUGCAUUCGCGCAAAGGUGCGCCCUUCGACCAGAUCCGCGGCUUUGCUACCAUGGACUACCGACUAUCAAGCCUAGGUAAUCCUGGCCAGGGCCAAGAUAGUGGCCAGAGCCAACAAGGUGCUCGGCACCCGGACCACAUUAACGAUGUCCGCGCUGCGAUUCGAUCCUUGGCUCAGAGGAACCAAAUGGACCAAUAUAUCUUGAUUGGGCACUCGGCUGGUGGCACCAUGGCCAUGCAAUUGGUCGGGGGCGACGCAGCCUUGCAACCACUGAGCUCUAAAGGCGGCCGGCAACGGCGUGAACUUGAGACUCCGACAUGCCAGGCGGGUAGCAAUGGUACAUCGAAUACCGAGGCCAGCCAAAUACCGCUGCCGGCUGCCAUCAUCACAACCGCCGGCAUCUUUGACCUAACUCGUCUGGUUGACGAAAUUGAUCCACAAAGCAGGCCGUUUUACAAUAACUUUGUUACUCAAGCUUUCGGCAACAACCGGGAUGAUUGGCAGCAGGCAUCCCCCGCAAGAUUCAAAAGAAGUUUUAAAGAAACGUGGCCUGGCAAUAAUCCUGUGAUACUGGCACGUUCAAAGGACGACACACUCGUUCCUGACACACAGCUUAAUGUUAUGGCGGAGAAGCUUAGAGGAGACGGCAUUGAGCCAAUAGUGGUGACGAAUCUCAACGGCGAACAUGAUGUAUCAUGGGAACAAGGAACCCAGCUAGCUAAUCUUGUUGGGCAAGCACUAGGCGAGUUAGGUGGUCGAUGA